AUGAUCUUCACUCCGGCAGAAGAACGAGUUUUGGAUAUGCUCUCUGCCAAAGGCUUUGAUGCCCGUGACCUUGCUGGUUUGACCCUGGAGGAGUUACAAGACGAACUGCCUACUGAGGUCCCUGAACCGACUCUGGAAUCACUACGCAAAAAAGUUUGGCACCUCCAUUGCAAGCCUCGCAUGCACACCUGGAAGCAGCUUCUUCCAUCAGGCCCCCACAUAUCUUCUUCGGCUUCUGCUCCCGCACGAGGCCUUCUCAAGCCAACGGGACCGCAUCAGCCAACCGUAUCCAGCACGCGGCAGUAUAAGCACCAGAAUGUUGCAGUGGCUCUGGUCGAGGCUGUUCUCCACCCAGGCCUGAGCUUUGCCAUGGAAGACCUUCAACGUUCCGGGACAGCCCGCGAGGUGUGGAUUGCCACCACUGCUGAAUCCUUGCUCGCGCGCUUUCAGCCUGGAACGCUCGCUGCUGUCCUUCGGACUUGGAACCGGCUUGUGCAGUGGCAGCUUGAGACCGAGGCCGCCCUGGGACCAGUCAGUGAUGUCCUUCUCCACCAGUUCCUUCAGGCGCAGGGACGCAGAGGUCGCACAGUACCAGCUUCAGUGUACAACCACCUACGAUGGCUCACUGACAACUUGAAAGUCUCCUUCCCGCUGGACUCGCCAAUGUUGAAAGACUUUACCGCCGCUUCCGGUGCCACCACUACCUGGCCUACGCAAGUGAAAACUUUGUCUGCUCAAGUUUGGAGGCAUUUGCUGCAGUUGGCCACAUCCUCUUCUACGUCGUCCCUUGCCCUGGCCGCUGGCUUGGUCAUUCGCUUCGCAGUUUCUGGCCUGAGGUUCAAACACUGCGCUCGUGCGAGUUUUGAGCCCGAGCUCUCUUCGAUACGCACGGGUGUCUGGAAGGUCUCUCACGGAAAGGAUGGUAUGCCUUUUGCUGUCGCUCUGCCGAUGUACGUUGAACCGGGACAUCCUCUACUGAGCCAUGUGCAGGCACGAGUGCGUGCUAUCUUAGGCGUCGGAACACCAUUCUUACCAGACAUGUGGUUUGAUGCUCAGGGGAGUGUGGUGCUCCGGUCUGCGCCUGCGGAUUAUCCCCGCUUCCAGGCCUUCGCCCGCUCCCUGUUGCAUUUGCCACCCCUGUCGCUGACUGAGCACGCGGCUUCAACUUUUUCCACACGUAGUUUUCGUCGAUUCCUUCCAACCGUUGCGGAUGCCCUCCAGCUUUGCGACUCUGAUCGCCUCUGCUUGGGCAAUUGGUCCGAUGGCCGCAAGCUGCCUCUUCCUGUUCGGUACAGCUCGGAGCGACUGGAGUCUGCUGCGCAGUUUCCGUUCAAAUCGUGGCUUUCCGUCUCUGACAUGGCUUCUGGCGUGGAGCGCUUCGAGCUCCUGCUCGUCAAUGAACACAAGGUCGCCGCAGAAGUCUUUCACUCUCUCAAGCACAUGGGGUGUGAGAGCGUAGCAGACUUUGUGGGUCUGUACACCGAGGCUGACUAUGAAGACGGGCUGAAAGAAGUUCUCCAGAAAACUGAGACCUUCAAGGACAAUCGGAUCCAGCUUGCCCGCUUGCGCGUGGCAUGGGCCCGAGCCAAGCAAGACUUGAGCGCCACCUCCUCUGGCCCACAAGAAGAGAACCUCGAGGCCCCUCUUCCGCCAGAAGUCCGGCAACGCCAAGAAGAUGCUUUCUUCGCCAAGUACAAUGUCAGGUUUCCUCCUGACCUUCUCCCUGCAGCCACUUUGUUUGCGCGGCACUUUCGCGAACUUCGCAGACAACACAAAGAGCUCGAUGACUUGGCUCGUGUGAAAAGUGCAGCUGAAUCCUCGACAGCACCAGCUACCGAGGUAAAGCAACUCGGGGACUUUCGUGUGGUCCUCAAGGCUGAGCCUCCGGCCGUCAGCUUCAAAGACCUCAUCAGCUUGCUUCGUGCUCAUGAGAUUCUCCUCAACAGCUGGGCCAUGGCUGGCACAGCAGAGCGAGACUCAAAGUUACUCCCGGGAACCAAAGUCUUGGAGUUCUCCAUGUCCGACAACCUGGCCUACCGCACCUUUGCUGCAGAGCGCCUUCGGCGCUACCCCGGAACUGUGACGCAGGCCAUCCAAUGGUUCCUCGACCGAGAUCGCCAAACACGCUUGGCCGCCAUCACCUUGUACCAAGACGAAUGGCCCUUGGGUGAAGUCGACACAUCCACAGGGAAGACCAUUUCCGCCAAGGACCUGUGCGAGAAGUGGAACAAGGGACAGUGUACUCGUCGCCAAGCCGAAUGCAGUGAGAAGAAGCUCCAUCGGCAGCAUUUGCAAGCAGCCCUCGCUUUGUCUAGCCCUUUUGCACAAGAAAUUUGGUUGGAAAAGGACUUGCAGUUCGCGGUGCAUGAGGCUGUUUGCGCAGGGUUGGAUAUCAUGCGGGUCCGCAAUGAGAGUUACGCCCGUGGCCUCCUCAAUUGGUUAGAAAUGUCGCUCUUGGGCAAACCUCUUACGGCUGCCUUCUCCGGCCUCAUCGCCCGGCAGUACUUCGACCACACCAAUGCGUUAACUCCCAGCUUGGCACUCUGCCUUCAGUACUUGCAGCUGGCCCUCUCGAUCGUACCAUCUCGCCGUGUGCCCGUAUACCCCCGACUCACGGAACCCGUCAUCGUCUACACUGACGCAUCGACUGCUGCGCCAACUCCGCUCGGCUUCCGCCUAGGCAUUUGGAUCUUGUGUGAUGAGCGUAUUUGGGUUGACAGCAUUGAUGUUCCCAAAGAGGUUAUUGUGACCUGGGCACCUCGCCAGACUUACAUCAACCUACUUGAACUACUCGCCGUUCCUUUGCUCGCAGUAUCUGCUCCAGAACUUCUCAGAAAUCGCGACAUCCUGUGGUUCCUUGACAACCAAGCAGCCUGGCGAGCUAUCAUUCGAUCUGCCUCCUCAGCUGCGGACGUUGGUCACUUGUCCCUGCUGGCAGGCCUUCAAUUUGCUCGCCUGCGAUGUAACCCUUGGUUUGAGUGGGUCCCCUCCCAACAAAACUUCAGCGACCCCUUGAGUCGCUUAGGGUGGGCAGACCCUGCUGCUGAAGAUGCUCCAAGUGAUGCCAGGCAGCCGGCCAGUCCAGCCGCCUCCAUACGAUGGGCAGAUGCAGGUUCGCCUGCGAAAAAGACCUCUUCCGCGGCCUUCAAGGCCAAGCGUGCAGCCCACUAUGAUGAGUUCCGCGUCUUGCAGGCCAUGCGGCAACGAUCCGCGAAUGGGAAAAGCUCCGAGAGUGAGGAGUCCAGUGCGAAAUGA